GAUUGUUAGCGUCUGUUGUAGCCUUUCUGUUUCCCACAUUCCUGCAGGUAAUUUAUAGAGGUAGAAAACAAAUUUACAGCGCCAUUUGAAUCGGUUCAGCAUGAAUCCUGGGGCUGAAAUUCCGUUCACCCCUUUGCACUCAUUCGCUUGCAACGGUCUGAUGCUCGACGUCAGGAUGAUGGAGGAAAAGCUCAAGCGCGACCCUAAACUGAUCAAUGCGAGGUGUCUAGUGAAAGAGAGGCACGGCGGGCACUACGACUACACUCCGCUACACUCGGCGACCAAAGCGGGACAUUUGCGCUGCUUGGUCUUCUUGCUGCAAAGAGACCCGUCGCGCAAAGAGACCGCCGACGUGAACGCAACUUACGGUCCUAGUGCUUUGAACGCGCUUUCCCUCACCAAAGAUCCGUCGUGCAUUAACAUGCUAUUGUUGAACGGAAUCAAGCCGGACUACGACGCACCCUCGUACCUGGGGUUGAUCGAGUUUCCCAGCACCCUCUACGUGAACAGCGCGUGCCAGUGUAACAACCCUUUGGCAGUAGCCGCCCUCCUCGAGCACGGAGCAGCCACGUUGGACGAGCAGUUCGUCGACUGGCAGCUCGCCAACGACAACACCGAUGCUAUCUUUGAGGAGGUUCCGCUUUGCAUCGCAUGCGAGGUCGGAGCUGUCGAGUGCGUGCGCUUGCUACUCUUGCACAAGGCAACCACGAGCCUGGUGUUCAGGCUGGAUGCUACAAAGACUCCCUUGGCGGAUCACUGCCUGGAUAGGGUCAUCAACUGCUGCAACCUCAACAACGGACUUGAGAUCAUGCAGACCCUCCACGCCUUUGGAGUCAAUUUCGACGAAAGCUCGGCCAUGAUCAGGCGCAACUCGCAGCAGAGCGAGCUGAGCAGCGACUUCACAAGACGCGCCCUCAUCGUGGAAUACCUGCGGCUGGCUAAAGAACGGCUCAGCGAAAACGCGCUGCGGCGGUUGAAAAUGCUUCGGAAGCACGACAGCCUUGCCUCAUACAAGAAGUUUGUCUCUGAUGUGCUCCUCAAAGCGACCGAGACUAAGGAGCCAAUGGACGUGAAAGAGAUCGGCCAGAAAAGGGAAAAGGUGCAGCACUUUUUGCUUUUCCAAGAUUUGGCCACGAAAUGAGAUACAGCAAGUCCACACCGCGUGUAUUCCUGGCAAAUGAAAACAGUUUGAAAGCU